CGAUGGCGGUGAUCCUCUCGUGCAUCUGGUGGAAGAUGGAACUGGACUUCUGCGCCACGGGGAGGGCCUCGGUGGCUGCAGAAGCUGCGGAGCUGGCCGGUGGCUUGACGAACUCCAGCUCGUCGGCCGAUACUUUCUUCCUCACGUCCUGCAGAUGCAGGUGCUCCACCAGGCUGUGCAGGAACAGGUGCAGCGCAUUGAAGUUGACAUUGCCCAGCUCCGGCGUCCCGAUGGCCAGGUUGAUCAGCUCCACGAAGGACAGGUUGUGGCUCAUGGUCCCGCUGCCUUGGGCAGACUCGCGGCAUCAGCGGCGGGCGGCGGCGUUCUGCUCGCGGGAAAGUUUCUCCCGGUUGCUAGGAGACCCGGAACGCGGCGGGGGGGCGGAGGCGGGAGAGCCGGGAGCCGAAGCCAGGGGCCCCGGAGCAAGGCUGGCCCCGGCACCACCCCCACGCCGGCCACGCAGGGCGCCCACUCCCCGGGGCCCGGCGGCGGCGGGGACCCCUCGGCCUCCCAGCCCGGUCCCAGAGCGUCCUCGCACCGGGGACGCCGGCAUCGCGGGUCUCCCGGGCACCCGAUCAGCCGCACCAGCCUUGCCGGGUUCAGACAAGCUUGCCGACACGCGUCUGGGCCCGGUGGGAGCCAUUCCGGCGCGCGAGGGACGGCGCUUCCUCAAUCUGGAUUGGUCCCGCCCGCCCCGAAACCCCGCCCCGCUCUGCCGGGCGCAGAAGCGGCUGGUCUCGCUCGGCAGCAUGUCCAACGACCCUCCUCCACCCUACCCUGGGGGGCCAUCAGCACCCCUCCUGGAAGAGAAGGAUGGGUUCCCCUUCCCCGCAGGUAGGAGCUCUCCAGCCAUGGUGCAGCCCCCUUCCGAUGUUGGCCCCCCACCCUAUGAAGCAAUGCCUCCCCCCCAGUCGGGCUUCAUCCCCCCUCCUAUGCCAGCAGAGAGCUCGAUGCCCUAUUUCCCUCCUGGUGGCUACUAUGUGCCCCCGGGGCCACACGCCCCGAUGGGCUACUAUUCUCCCACUGGCCCCUGUGCCCCCGCUGGAGGGCAAACAGCAACCAUGCUAGUGCCAUCGGGCACCGCAACCACUGUGACGGUCCUGCAGGGCGAGAUAUUCCAGGCUGCCCCUGUCCCCACAGUGUGCCCGCAUUGCCAGCAGGCCAUCACCACUAAGAUCACCUAUGAAAUCGGCCUCAUGAACUUUCUGCUGGGCUUCUUCUGCUGCUUUAUCGGGUGCAACCUGGGCUGCUGCUUCAUCCCCUGCCUGAUCGAUGAAUUUAAGGACGUGACCCAUACCUGCCCCAACUGCAAGGCCUACAUCUACACCCACAAGCGCAAGUGCUAGCAGGCC